AUUUUAGUUGUUGUCUCUUAACAAUCUGAGAAAAAGCAACGAAGCUCGUCAGAGAAUCGAUGUCGAACACAAACGAACCAGCGAAAGCUCUUCUACCUUACUUGCAACGCGCUGAUGAGUUGCAGAAACAUGAACCUCUUGUUGCUUAUUACUGUCGGCUAUACGCGAUGGAACGAGGAUUGAAGAUUCCUCAGAGCGAGAGAACUAAAACCACCAAUUCGAUUCUCAUGUCCCUCAUUAAUCAGCUCGAAAAGGAUAAGAAAUCAUUGACUCUGUCCCCAGAUGACAAUAUGCAUGUAGAGGGGUUUGCACUGAAUGUCUUUGCAAAGGCUGACAAGCAGGAUCGUGCAGGAAGAGCUGACUUGGGCACUGCCAAAACUUUCUAUGCUGCAAACAUCUUCUUUGAGAUUCUGAGCCAGUUUGGCCCGGUUCCUCCUGAUAUAGAGCAGAAACAGAAGUAUGCUGCUUGGAAGGCUGCUGACAUAAGGAAAGCCAUUAAAGAAGGAAGGAAACCCACUCCAGGUGACCCUGUUGAUGAUGAAAGUGAUUUAUCCAUCCCAUCAAGCGGUCCUAGUGGCUCCUAUGAUCUUGGUGCAAGUGAUACCAACGUACCAAGUCAGCAUAGAACAGAGCCUGGUCCAUCCCAUGACUCGAAUGAUGACUCAAGCCACCACCAUUUCCCUGAAGUGCCACAACAUCAUCUUCCUCCCAGGUUUCAUGACAAUCCUAACAACAAUUAUCCAACAGAUGCCCCACCUCCACCACCAUCUUCUUACCCUUCCAACGAUCUCAUUCCGCCUCCCACGGGACCAUCAGACUCCCCUUACCCCCAUCCUUACAACCAUCAAUCAUACCACCAAGAUCCCCCACAACACAUGCCGCCACCACAAAACUACCCAUCUCAUGAGCCUUCUCCAAACUCUCUCCCUAAUUUCCAGUCUUACCCUAGCUUUAGUGAAAGCAGCCUCCCAGCCACUCCUUCCCACUACCCUUCUCACUACCAAAACCCUGAACCUUACUAUUCCUCCCCACACUCCGCACCUGCUCCUUCUUCCACAAGCUUCGCCUCUGCUCCUCCUCCUGCUCCUUAUUCAUCAUCGAACGGGCGUGUCAAUGUUGCUCCUGUUCUAGAUCCUCCAUCUCAGAAGUACCAUUACGACAGCAACUACAAGCCAGGGCCAGAGAAGAUCGCAGAGGCACACAAGGCUGCUAGAUUCGCUGUAGGAGCUUUGGCUUUUGAUGAAGUCUCUACUGCUGUAGAACAUCUGAAGAAGUCACUCGAGUUGCUAACGAAUCCAUCAGCGGGACACUAAAUUUCAUGUUUUAAUUUAUGAACCUUUGGGUUUGAUGUGUGUGAACGUGUGUAUGAGCUCAUAAUCACACCAUUGGUUUGUUAUUAACUUAUCUGGCCCAGACUUUUGUGUACAAAACAAAAAUAUUGUGUGAAGUCUUCUGAUUUCUCAAACUUUGUUUUUUUUUUUUUUGCAUUCUCCCUUCAUGUUAUGUUAUAGUAUCUCUCUAACCACAAACAGUAUAAACGUACACCUAAAAAGGCUUGAUCCAUGGUUUUGUGUGAGAUUUACAAUUUAG